AUGAGCGAUCAACAGAAUCCCGCACCUCUCAAGGAUCCAUCGAAUAAGGAGUCGAGUCUCAACGCUCCUGGCAACCAAAAUCCAUCGAUUGCCAGGCUCGCGAGGUCUUGGGGCCCUUACACACCUCCCGACAUGAGCUACUGCGCUCUAGAGCACGAUGACCCAGUCUUGCUGGAGAAUAUCAAGAUGCUCAAAGAACUCACGUCUGAGUGCGACGAAGAUCCUACCGACCUCCUCGACGUUGUGAUGAGAGUUCCACCUAGGCUGAGUAAGUCGAUUGUUUACCUGACGGUUGGGCUCCUUCAACACCAAAAGCUGGUCGAAAAUUUACUCAUGGUGACCGAGCUGCGUGCUGAGAAUGAUGCUGGGCCCAUCAGAAACACAAAGAACGGCCAGCACGUGAAGAAUGGGAAGAAGACAAAGACAAAGACUAGAAAGUUGGCCGACAUCAAGGAGGACAACGAGGACGAUGAGAAUGGUGGUUCCAUGGCUCCCAAGGGUCUAGAGAAGAAUGACCAGAAGAACGAAACAAAGGACAACAUGAGCAAAGCUUUUGGCCCCGCCGAGAGCAAUACUGUGGCCAACACCAAUCAUCUGGCGGUACCCAAGAGCAAAAGGAAGAAGGCGAAGAAGCAGAAGGCCGGCAACGCCAUUGGGAUUGCUGAGAGUAAUCCACAGCUCAACACCGACCAGCGAGCAGCCUCCUUGAACACGAAGACCACGGCAAAGUAUAAGAGUAGCAGAGGCUCCGGGACUAUUGAGAGUAACGCUGGAGCAAUCACCAAAAAAUCGACAGUCUCUAAAGGCAAGAAAGUCAAGGCAAAGGAGAACAUUGACAACAAUUCCAAGACCGUGAAGAACCACCCAGGAGCCAAUAUCAAACAGCAAGCAAUAACCAAGAACAAGAAUAAGAUGGCUAAGACCAACAAGAAAGACAGUGCGGCGGAAACCCAUGAGCAAGCUAAGAAGACGCAGCCCAAGAGUUCCCCAGAGUCGUCAAACGCGCAGAACAACAAUAAGGUCGAGAGUUCCCCCAAGCCCGACAAGGGUGAGAAGAAGGCAAAUGUCAGCGAGACAACCGAUGGCGGAUUCUUCUCCGUCCUUGAGAUCGAGUGCAUGAAGAAAAUACAGGGUCGCAUUGAACGCGGGAUCAGAGAUUGCCAGGAAGUGUGGACUGUGGUGCAAAAAAUGGAGGAGGCGACAGAGUCGGAGUGGGCCAAAGACAGAAAGAUACAAACCCAAGAACAGGCGGAGUGCUCCGCUGCGGGCGUUGCCAUUCCGCAGCAGCCGCAACGCCGCGAGACGCAGACGCAGAGCCCGUCAGGUAUGCCCUUCCCAAUCCUCAUCCUUUCCCUCCUCGCUGUAUCUCAGAGGUACAGUAUGCAAGAACGGCGUCUCUAUGAAGCCGAUCUCCCUGAUCAUGACGAUGAUGACUCUGAUGAUGGCUCUGCAAGCGAGUCUUCGGUGCAGUGGGCUACGACCCUUUACGCCACUCCCGAGCAGCUGAGAAACCUGCCUCCUCUUCCUCUCAAUAACUCGAACUACAUGGCCGACAAUGCUUCGAUUUCUCAUCCCGUUGACCCCGUCCUGGACUCUCCUAUCCUUGCAGAGUCUAAUUCGGAAGAUUCUGAGACUGGCCUUAGCAACGCUGUCUUCGAUGAUUCUGACAUCGAUGAGGCUGCUUCCGACAUCUCUGAGGAUAGUCUCGCCGAUGUCGUCCCCGAUCCCCGUGUUCUCGAAGCGAUUGCCCCUGCGGGUUCUGAGCGAAACCCCAUCGUAAUCAAGAGCGCUCGCAUCAUCACCAGAAUGAGAGCCAGAAUUGCGGAGAACCCUGCCAACGCCAUUCAAGAGCGCCGAAAUGCCAUUGAGACCAUCGGCGAGAUCUUUCCGUUGCGCCUACUGACUUAUGGUGGUGGCCUUUUCACUCCGUUCCAGCCCCUUGGCGUGUGGCAUGAAGAUACCCUUCUUAGCGACAUAAACGCCUCAUUGGCACUGGAGCUGGCUUUCAGCCGUCUGGUCGAGUGGUCCGAUACCGUCAGGGCCCUCAGGGAUCUAACGCGACAACUCACUGAAGAGGUCAGUGACGAGGAGUAUAUCACUGCCGAGGAGUUCCUCACUGACGAGGAAGACUACCCUCGCGAGCUGCGCAUCGAGAUCAUCGAGUUCGUAGCCAGGGAAGUGGGCUUCAUUGCUGCCUCGACUUACAUCAACCGCUACCACCUAUACCUCCUGGAGACCCUCUCCUAUCGCCCCCAUCUUAUCAUCGCGACGCUGUGUUGGGCAACUGCAUUGGCUUUGUUGUUCUACUUGUUCUUUGCUGUGAGAUUCUGA